AUGCCCCCCAAAAGAAGAGGACGUGGAGGAGGAAGAGGUCCGGGUAGACCUAAAAAGGUUAAAAAAGCUGAAACAGAUUCAGAAGUUGAAGCGUCAUCAUCUGAUGAUGAAAAAGGCUUUUCUAAAGAUAAAUUUCUAAGUGUAUUGAGAUAUGAUUUCGAUCGGCUAAUCUCAACUAAAAGUUUCGAGCAUAAAAAUUUGAUUGGAAAAAUCGAUCCGGAAAGUUUUAAUAUUGAUUAUUAUGAGGAAACGGGCCUUGAAACUCCAUUGUUCUUUCAAUGCGACCCAAAGAAGCUCGGAAUGAAAGUGCCGGAUUCAGAGUCGUUCACAGUCAAUACAGUUUUGGAACUGGUUGGCGGUGAUAGGGUAAUAGAAGUUGUAGAAGUUAGUGGUCAAACAAGCGUGAAGAUGAACUUGAAGGAAUUCGUGGAUUAUUACAACACUCCAAAAGAAAAACGGAAUACUCUUUAUAAUGUGCUAUCACUGGAGUUCACUUUGGACAAAUUGAGGGAUGUUGUGCAAGGCCCAUCUUUGGUUAGAGAUGUUGAUUGGGUGGAAAACUGUUGGCCGGAUGCUUUGCAUCAACGUUUUAUUUCCUUCACGAAAAAAGGUUAUCAACUUCAUCACACAUUUCCCAAAGUUCAAAAUUAUUGUUUAAUGAGUGUUGAGCGCUGUUAUACAGAUUUUCACAUUGACUUUGGCGGAACUUCUGUUUGGUACCAUGUCCUGAAAGGACAAAAGAUUUUUUGGAUGGUCGAGCCAACAGAAGCAAACAUUCGGGUAUACGAAGAGUUCAUCAAGAACCCGGAACAAACUGGGUUUUUCGGUGACGUAGUAGAUAGAUGUGUUCGGGUAGUUCUCAAACCAGGAGAUACAAUGAUAAUUCCUUCCGGGUGGAUUCAUGCAGUAUUCACACCAGUAGAUAGUUUGGUGUUUGGUGGCAACUUCUUACACUCCUUGAGAGCUUCGAUGCAAAUUAGAGUUUUCCAGAGUGAAAACAGGAUCAGUGUCACCAAGAAGUUCCGUUUCCCAUACUUAGACCAGUUGAUCUUUUACGUGAUCUCACAAGUUGUUGAGGAAGUUACUGGACGUAAAUACGCACGUCCUCUUCAUAUUAGGGAUGCCAAACUUGACUACGUUGGAAAGUUAUGGAUCAAACAGAAUGGACAUCAUAAAUUAAUAAAAUCAGAGAACUUCCAAACAGAUGUCAACACUUCUGACAUCCUCGAGGAGGAAGCAAAUCAUGAGCCAGGCUCAAAGAAUGUCAUUGCCAUGCAUGCCGAGAACACCAUAUAUGAUGCUAAAGUGUCUGAAAGUGAUGUAGUGGUUUCUGAUGUACCGGAAGAUAAAGAAAGGCCUUCUGAAAUGGAAAUUAUGAGUAAAGGAAUCUUUUAUCAUGAGCAAUCGCCUCUGUUCGAUCUCCACGGGAAGUCAACUGCAGCCCAUAAAAACCCUGUUGGUGAUGAACCUGAAAUUGUUUUUAACGAUGAUGUGUUGAACCAUAUGUCCGUUAAGAGAUUGGUAGAGUACGAAAAACUGUGUGAUUACAUGAGAAAGAAACGUCUUGUUGAAGUUGCUGAGGGGAUUACCAAACCAGCAAGUUUGUUACAAGUUUUCCAACUUGUGUUGACUAGGAGGCGAACACACUUGGACGAAGAAGGAGUAGUUAUGGAAUCAGCUCCAUGGGCUUCGAAAAGGAAAAGAGCUUACAAACGAACAUCAAAUCAUGAGUCCUUAAUUUCUCCCAUUAAAAAGAGUAAUCAUUUUUUGAAUAAAACAAAACAAAUAGAAAAUGAAAGAAAUUUGAAGGCUAUGCAAGUUGAUGAGAGUUUUGAAGCUAAGGUUGCAAAUCAUCCAACUACGUCAGAGGGAGACUUAAAAGAGGAAGAAUCAGAUGCGACUUCUAUCAAAAACACUCCGAAAAAAGAAGAAACUGAAACUGAAACUGAAGAUGAUUCACAGAAAGUUGACGAAGAAAUGGAGAUCGAAGCCAAGACGGUUCUAGAUCCAAUAUCUGAAGGUGCAUCCAAAAAAGAGGACGUAGCUUCUGAAGUUUCAAAACUAGAAGAGAAACCUGAGGAGAUACUGGACUUGAAGAAAGAAGAAGAGUUGGAGGAGUGUGCAAUCGAAAAAUCAAAGGAUGAUGAACUCGAAGACAAAAAAUCAGAAGAACCUCACACUGAAGAGAAAGAUAACAAAGAUACUUCUGCUUCGGAGAAAACUGUCGAAGUAGCUUCAGCUAAAGAAGAAACUGCGGCUAAAGUUUCUAGUAAGAGGAAAGACUCAGAGGGAGCAUCCACUGAAGUCAAAGAAUCUGAUGAUAAAUCUGAUCAUGAGAAGAACGAGACGACCGAAGCUGUGGCUGAAGAAGUGCCUGAAAGCGAAGCUCCGACACACGAGAAAUCUGAAACAACAAAAGACUCGAAAAAAAGUAGAGCGAAACCAGAAAGAAAAUCUUCCCGAAAAUCAGAUCACGGCACCGAUAGAAGUUUCGAGGAAGCAUUAAUGGCCAAUGUCAAACCGAAGAGAAGGUCGGAUUCUAAGAAAGAGAAACCGUUGUUUGCUGGAGGGAUUCCUUUGCUUCCUCUACUUGAAGAUGAGCCCGUAGUUCCAAACCCUUACAACUAUGAUCCUAAGGCAGAAAUAAUGAAGUUAGGCACAGGACAACUUAAGAGUGCUUAUCGAAAAUCGAAGACGAACAUAGAACCUCCAAAAGAGAAGAAGAUCUAUAAACUAGAGCAUAAAAUUCAUGAAGAAGAAAGAAACGAAUCUCCUCUAAACUCUCCCGAACUACCAGCUCCAGUCAAAGACUUCAUGAAAUCUAAUUAUUUCUCUCGUGAAACUGCCGAGCCUCCUCCUGUAAAGAAAUUAAGUAGCGAUAGUUAUACUGAACGGAACUCCGAGCAAAGUAUAAAGAAACCCGUAGAGAAAACUAGUCUUCAUGCCUCAUAUACUCCUAAUAAGCCAAAGGUGGAAGAAUCUGUUUGGAAAAGCCCAGUAGUCUCUGAAAAACCUAGUCAACAUUCACCCGUGAUUCAUCAUCGUCCAAUAGACCCUCGUAUACCAGAACCUGUGAAACCUAUUGAUACUCGUCCGUCUGAUCCUCGGAAACCUGUCGAAACUAAAAAGCUGAUACCCGCCGCAAUAGCAAUUACGAAAUUAGGAGAAGUUGUACGACAACUCGAAUCUUUAAAUAAUCAAUGGAAAUAA